CAUCUCUCAAGCGGCCAAACCCUGUCCCGAAGACUUACCAACACUGUCCAUAUCAACGAACCCCAGUCUACAACCUUUUCUUGUCACAAUGUCUGCCCAAACACAAUACAGCAACGCGUCAAAUGGCUACAUCGUGCCCAUGGGUGCCGAAGAGCACUUUGCCCAGCAAUUCGACCUGAGCAAUCCAGAGAAUGCUCGCAACUCAUAUCAAAAAGUGAUGCAUCAACACACCAAGCAACAAUUUGAGAUGGCGACAGCCUCUUCGCGAAGACGAUCGACGAAUGCAUCGGUGUCGACGCUGUCGCCAGAGUCGAGUGUAGACUCCGUCAGCUCGACCUCGUCCUAGGCAGCCUGUGCUCCCCAGAUACUGCGGUACUGGUUUGGACAUUUGAUUCCAUGGAAGAUUUUAGCGAGCGUUCCCUUGUCUCUGGCAUUGAUAGCGUUUGGGAAAGAAUGGCAUGGGCCAGAAUCAGGAUGGCCUUGAUUGGGCGGGUGAAUUAUGGUGUUAAACAGAGAUUGGUGAUGUGGUUCGUCGGGUCCGACACAACGCAGCCAACAGAGAGCGAGCUGGUUAUGCCAGCUUCCGCGCAAAAGCGCUAAAUGCCAUCAUUAUUUCGAA